UUCAUCGCUGACUCGUCCUCUGAGUCUGAUGAAGGAGAUGCACGGGGAGAGAUGUUCGACAUCUAUGUGGCGACAGCAGACUACAACCCAACCAUAGCAAGCAAAGAAUCCAUUUCUCUAAAGGAGGGACAGUAUGUGGAGGUUCUGGACUCAGCUCAUCCACUCAAAUGGUUAGUUCGGACAAAACCUACCAAAACUACACCAUCCCGCCAAGGCUGGGUCUCACCUGCCUACCUGGACAAGAAGCUCAAACUCUCAGCUGAUACAAGUGACCUUCCAGAGACGAGUGUAGAGGAAGUUACUGAGGGAGAAUACAAGAGGAAACUAUUCCAACUGAUCCAAGACCUGAUAAACAGUGAAUCAGAGUUUGUGAAAGAGAUAGACUUCUUCACCUCCCAUCACCUGAAGCAUGCAGAGAGCCCCGAUGCUCCUCCUGAUGUCAGCAGCCAGAAGGACACCAUAUUCAGGAACAUUGAUGAUAUCAAGUCCUUCCAUAGCAAGGCAUUCCUUCCAAAGCUAUCCGACUGUGACACUGACGAUGAUGUGGCCAUGUGCUUCCUAAAGAACAAGGAGGGCUUUGAGAAGUACCUCCAGUAUCUUGUUGGUCAGAGUCUGGCUGAAUCUUCUGUCAGUGAUAAAACUGUCCACCGCUUCUUCAAGGAGUACACUGAUAAAGUCCAAGCCAAUGCAGACCCUGCAGAUCCCCCUGUACGCAGCAUCAACGCCGGCCUCCAACAACCACUGGACAGGAUUCAGAAGUACAAGGCAAUCCUCAAGGAGCUCAUUCGAAACACCAGCAGCUGCUGCCUAUUGGAAGAAGCAUAUGCCAUGGUGUCUUCACUCCCUCAGCGCUCUGAGAAUACACACCAUGUGACCAUGAUCGAAAACUACCCUGCCACACUGGAAGUAUUGGGAGAGCCAAUUAGACAGGGACCCUUCCAAGUGUGGGAAGGGGCUCCAGGAAUCAGGUCAUCCUCUAGAGGUCACCACCGCCACCUAUUCCUAUUUAAGAACUACUGCAUCAUCUGCAAACCAAAGAGAGACAGCAACACUGACACACAAGCAUACGUCUUUAAGAACAUGAUGAAGUUAAAUAACAUUGAUGUGAAUGAGACGGUGGAGGGUGACGACCGAGCCUUUGAGAUCUGGCAUGAACGUGAGGACUCUGUGAGGAAAUAUACCCUGCAGGCCCGGACUGUUACCAUCAAGAACUCGUGGCUGAGGGACUUCAGAGAGCUGCAGCAGCGAUACAGCAUGCCUGCAUGGAGUCCUCCUGACUUUGAUGAAAUUCUGGCAAACUGCACAGCUGAGCUGGGGCAGACUGUUAAGCUGGCCUGCAAAGCCACUGGAGUACCAAAACCUACAAUCACGUGGUACAAGGACGGACGAGCUGUGGAGGCGGAUCCUCAUCACAUUAUCAUCGAGGACCCUGAUGGUUCCUGCACACUGAUCCUGGAUAACAUGACAGCAGAUGAUUCUGGCCAGUACAUGUGCUUUGCCUCAAGCUCAGCCGGCAAUGCAAGCACUCUUGGCAAGAUCACAGUUCAGGUGCCUCCUCGUUUUGUGAAUAAAAUGAGGAAUGCUACAUUCGUUGCUGGCGAGGACGCCCAGUUUACCUGCGUCAUACAAAGCGCCCCAAGCCCCAAGAUCAGGUGGUUCAAGGACAGCAGGCUGCUGACUGACCAGGAAAAGUAUCAGACCUACAGCGAACUCCGGAGUGGGGUUCUGGUCUUGGUGAUAAAAAACCUGACAGAAAGAGACCUGGGACACUAUGAGUGUGAGUUGUCCAACCGCCUCGGAAGUGCCAAGUGUGCAGCUGAUUUACUUCUCCCCUCUGCUGUGGCUCGGACCGGUGAGCAGGCCAUCACUAUCGAAGUUACUGAGCAGGAGACGAGAAUACCAAAGAAAACCAUCAUAAUUGAGGAGACUAUAACCACUGUGGUGAAGAACCCGCGGAUGAGGAGGCACAGGUCUCCUGGCUUGACUCUUGCUGGUGCCCAUCGCUCAGAGACAUCCACCCCAGAGCCCCCUGCAUCCAGGCAGAGGAGGAUGCCCACCACCAGAAAGACCACCAUCCCGACCGUAUAUGUUACUGAAGCACAGGGUGCUGAAGCCAGAGUCAUGGAGAGCAAGCCCCGGUGGGUGGAGGUCGAGGAGGUCAUCGAAUAUAAAGUCAAUAUCCCUAGGCUGCCAAGGAGGAGAAACAUCUCACCUGCAGG